AUGGAGAAGCUUGGUGGAAAACCUCAUAGAAUGUAUAAGAGCCUGGAUUUCAGCAGCUGCAUGGAUAAUUGUGAGCUUACUGAUUUAGGCUAUGUGGGACCAAGGUUCACUUGGUGUAAUAAUAGGAGGCUAGUGAAAAGGAUAUGGAAAAGACUUGAUAGAGUUUUUGUCAAUUACUCUUGGGUUCAACUCUUUCACACAAAUAGUGUUAGACAUUUUCCUAGAACUGGAUCUGAUCACAGACCCCUCUUAAUCAGUUUUCACAAUGCUCACAGAGAUGGCACAAAAUAUUUCAAGUUUUUGGAUUUUUGGACUGAACAGCCAACCUUUUACCAGAUAGUGGAAGACACUUGGAAUACUCAGAUUACUGGAAAACCCAUGUGGAUACUUCAGGAAGUUAUUGGCAAUGUGUAUGAUGAAGUCAAUAUAUGGGAAGCCAAGAUGCAAGACCUGGAAAACAUCGAUAGCUCUCUUCACGCUGAGAAAGCUAGAGAAGAGCUUAACAAGGGCAAUGUCCAAGGCAAUGAGGGUAUUGCUAAGGCUGCCAGACAUCAUUUUGAACAUAUGUUCAAUCUCAACCACAGUUUUACUGAUCAGCACAUCUUUAAUGUGAUCCUUGAAUGUAUCAAUCAUAAUGAUAAUGCCUCUCUCAAUGCCAUUCCUGAUUUAGAGGAGACAAAGAAUGUUGUAUUCAAUAUGAUUCCUUCAAGUGUUGUUGGCCCUGAUGGAAACAAUGGCAACUUCUUAAAAAAAAGUUGGAAUAUCAUUCAAGAGGAUAUCAAAAACAUGGUUCAUGUAUUAUUCAAUGGAAAGAAUUUGACCAAGUUCUACUCACAUACUUGUUUGGUUCUGAUUCCCAAGGUAGAGUCUCCUUCUAACUUUGGAGAUCUAAGACCAAUUAGUCUUAGUAACUUCACAACUAAGAUCAUCUCCAAGAUCCUUUCAAUCUGGUUGAAUCCUUUACUAGAUAAGGUUAUCUUUGAAAAUCAGUCUGGCUUUGUCAAAGGCAGACUCAUCACUGAAAAUGUUCUUCUAGCACAAGAAUUAGCCCAAAGGGUGUCUCAGAGUAACCAUGGAGGCAACAUGAUCAUCAAACUGGAUAUGGCUAAAGCCUCUGACAGAAUGUCAUGGGAUUUUCUAUUGGCAGUUAUGAGCAAAUUUGGUUUCUCUGACAGCUAG